AUGUCCCAGGUUUACCGUUUCCCUAGACGGUAUACCUGUGGAAUGUGGAGUAUAUACCGUUUGCUGAUGCGGCAUCGGUGGGAUUUCCAUAGGUAUGCUGUUUCGUCGGACGGUAUACCUGUGAAAAUUGACAAGUAUGCCGUCCGAUGGAAUGGUAUCCCUGUGGAAUUCCAUGAGUAUACAGUCUUAGAGAACGGCAUACCUGAGGAAUUCCUUCGGUAUGCAGUCCCCCAAGACGGUAUCCCUGGUGAAUUCCAUGAGUAUACAGUCUUAGAGAACGGCAUACCUAUGGAAUUCGUUCGGUAUACAGUCCUCCAAGACGGUAUCCUUGUGCAAUUCCUUGGGUAUGCAGUUCCCUGA